ACCGGCCGCCUAUCAGCAACACACCGUCGUCCGCGGAGCAUGGUCACUCAGGCGCGUCUUAUCAAUCAGUCAUCGGCACUUGAGCACGCCGACGCCCGAGGCCAUGGCCCGCCCCACGGUUCCCGUGGUCGUGUCGGGUAUGAUUGGACAAGUUUCCCUGUCUUUGCUGGCCGAUGGAAGUGGCACGGAGUUUCGGGCUUUGAGCCCGCAAGUCUGGAGGUCGGCAGAGCUCGAGGUGCCGACGCGCCUCCGCCGCCACGGCACGUGCGUGUCAUGCCCGCCCGCCGGCUCUCCGCCAAAACCGCUGACCAAAAUUCCGCACCCACAAAGUCCACCACCUGGAGCUCCUAUCGCACGGGCGUCUCUUCCCGCUGCGACACUCCGCAUCGCCUAGUCCUCCAUAGCACGACGUCAAUUGCUUCGCCCGCCGCCGGGCCAAUCCUGCUCCGCCAUGAGCGCCGUCGCCAAGCGCGCGUUCGGCGCCCGGGCCAGCAGCCGCGCCGUCUGCCCGAGCUGUCGCCGGCAGCAACGACAGCAACAUCGCACCUUUGCCAACGCCCGCUCACCCGCCUCGCCACCGCCCAAACCUCCGUCGUCAGGCUUCGCAGCCUUGCCAUCGAGGCAGCUGCUGGCCGUGUCAGGGCCUGACGCGCCUAAAUUUUUACAGGGCAUCAUCACGGCCAAUGUUGCGCAGCCUGAUGGCCUGCCGCGGACGGAUGGCUUCUACACGGGGUUUCUCAAUGCGACCGGCCGAGUGGUGCACGACGUCUUCAUAUAUCCGUUCAGCAGCGGUUCGGGCCUCCCCGUCGAGGAUAAUGGUUUCCUGAUAGAGGCGGACGCGAGCCAGAUGGGGCGGCUAGCCAAGUACAUCAAGCGGUACAAGCUGCGGGCCAAAGUCGCCGUCCGGAAUAUCACGCCCGACGAGGCGAGCGUCUGGCACGCGUGGGACGACACCGCGAGCUUCAGUCCCCAGGCGAGCGAGUCUUCAAUGGUGCUCCAAGAUCCUCGCGCGCCCGGACUUGGACACCGUGUCAUCCAGCUCGACGGCACCAAGACGCCCGGGCUGGACCUCGAGCAGUCGAACGAGGACGCGUACACGAUCCGGCGCUACCUCAAUGGCGUACCCGAGGGCCAGGACGAGAUUAUUCGCGAGCAGGCACUGCCUCUGGAGAGCAACAUGGAGCUGAUGAACGGCAUCGACUUCCACAAGGGCUGCUACGUCGGGCAGGAGCUCACCAUCCGGACCAAGCACCGGGGCGUCGUGCGCAAGCGCAUCCUCCCGUGCAUGGUCUACUCGCGGGACAAAGCGGCGCCGCAGUCGCUGCUGUACGAGCCCGGCGAGCCCGAGGGGUCGCCGUCUUCGGACCCGCCCGUCGAGCGGCUCACGGCGGACAUGAUCCCCGGGGAGACCAGCAUCGGCCGGUUUGGCAAGCGGGGCCGCAGCGCGGGCAAGUGGCUCGCCGGCAUCGGCAACGUCGGACUUGGGCUCUGCCGCCUUGAGAUCAUGACGGACGUAGUGCUGCCAGGGGAGCAGGCGGCCGCGACAUUCACCCCGGACAACGAGUUUGUGUUGGAAUGGGGCGAGGAGGAGAGCAAGAGCAGCCUCAAGGUCAAGGCCUUUGUGCCUGGGUGGCUGCGACGCGGGCUGGACGGCUCGCAGCAAUGACUGUAUAAUCUGUAAGCUGUUGCAUUUGUACUACAUUGUACCUGUAGGACGACAGAGGAUAGCCGACGACGGCUUCUCCAUCGAGGCAUACACAUUUCCCUGCCAUGCA